AUGGCCUCUGACAACGUGCAACACGGCAAAGACUUCAGCCUCGCUAUCGUCGGAGGGGGGAUUUGUGGACUGACCCUCGCGAUCGCACUUGCGAAGGCGGGUAUACGGUCCGACGUCUUCGAAGCAGCGCAAAAGUAUGGCGAGAUUGGAGCUGGAAUUGCUGUCGGAUGUAAUGCUCUCCGUGUCCUUGAAGAGCUUGGCCUCGCACGCGACGUCGCGGCCAAAUCUGACUCCAGCUCGGGAGUCUCAGGAGGUGACAGCAGCUAUGCCUCCAUGAGAUCGUUCAAAUUUGUGCGAGGAGAAUCACCACACGACAUCCUCUUGGACUAUCCUGAAGGACCGAACGAUGGGGGUUUGGGGCUUCAUCGCGCGGGGUUUCUGGAAGCACUUGCGGACAACAUCGACCAUUCAAUGAUCACAGAGCACUUCAAGAAACGUUGCACAAGGAUCCGGAGACUCGAGCAGGGCCAGAUGUGUCUUGAGUUUGCGGAUGGCACAACACACGAGGCAGACAUCGUCAUUGGAGCCGACGGUCUGAAGAGUACCGUCCGCCGCUUCGUACUCGGCCUACCCGAGGGGGCGCGCGAUGAAUCGCUCGUCUUUACUCGUACCGCUGCCUAUCGCGGACUCGUGCCGAUCGAAGAGCUUCGGGCUGCAGAUGCAAAGACGAACUUCUUGCAGUCGCUUUGCUGGUACGGCCAAGACAAACAUCUCAUCACUUUCCCUAUUCGGGACAACAAGAUACUGAACAUCGUGGCAUUCACCACCGACUUUUCGCGUCCGAUGGGCUACGAGAGUAACCCAGAAGAGUGGGUCAAGGACGUUCCGCAGGCGGAGAUGCUCAAGGACUUCGAAGGGUGGGGGCCGGAUGUUCAGGCAAUGCUUAAGGGCAUCAAGUCCCCAAGCAAGUGGUCGAUUCAUGCGUUAUACCCGACCAUAGAUAAGUAUGUCAAAGGCAAGGUCGCUCUGAUCGGUGAUGCUGCGCAUGCUACAUUGCCUCAUCUCGGAGCCGGCGCCGGCUGUGGGAUUGAGGACGCAUACAUCCUGGCUCGUCUUCUGUCCAGCCCACAGACGAAUUCGGCAAACAUCGAGGCGGUAAUGGAGGCUUAUCAGACCGUCCGUGUUCCACGCGGAUCGUAUACAGCCAACCAAAGCAAGUACGCGGGCGAUGCAUAUGAGGGUCACGGACCCUCGGAUCCUACAGAUGAGGGAAGGAUCAAGGAUCUCGACCGACUUUGGGAAGAGGUCUGGCGUCACGAUCUCAAGGAUGAGCUUCGAAAGGCAGAAGACCUCUUGAUCGAGUGCGGCGCUUUCACAUCUGCGUAG